UUUACACGGGAGACGAUUAGACUAUACACCUGUUCAAUCGACCAAUCGAGCUUGUUUUUUACUUCCUUCUCCCGAUGACAGAGAUGUAAACAUGGCGUCGGGGAAAAAACAUCACCGAAGUCGAGAGAGUCAUUUUAUUUACGACCUUCCAUUCAGUAUUACUCGACAAAUAUGUUGUAAUCUAGAUCUGGAUAAAGCAUGGGAAAAAUUAGCUUCAGAGAUAGGGUACACAAUUCAGGAUGUGAGAAUUUUUGAGAUGGCUUUCCAGCACCAUCACGGCAGCCCUUGUAAGGAGGUACUGAGUGACUGGGGAUCUAAGAACGCCACGGCCAGGGACCUGUAUCUUAUAUUACAGAGGAUCGGCAGGAGGAGAGAGAUGCAGCUACUGGAGUCAUAUUUUAACUGUGACAGCAAGCAGAACAAGGUUCCGUUUCCGAGUCGUGAUGACCCGCCCUGUAACGGGACAGACACGCCCUCUAUGAUCCUCCGGGCACUAGACAGUACCAACCUCCCAGCCCCUCCAAGUAAGAAUAGCACAAAAGUGAGCAGUGGAGCGUGGAGUACGUCAUCCAUGAAUGGUUCCACAUCUAUGUCGGACAAGAACGUCAAUCUAAACACUCCAGAGAACCCGAAAGACAAAGCCACGAAGAAACACGCCGAGUACAAGGCUAUUCCGUCACUGACGGACGAGAGGUUCUACCCGCAGAAGAAGCAUGACUACCUGGGAAUCAUGAAAGAGACAUCAGGCCUCUCCAGCACUUCCUCUUCUUGUUGUGUGGGGAAGUCCAUGUCUUCUGUCAAGGUGGACAAGUGUGAGAUGGGCGGCCCGCCCCAGGGGAAGGGGGACCUGGGGGAGAGGUCACUGGAGUCAAGCUGGAUGGAGACCCUCAAAAAUAAAGAGGGUUACUCCUCUCUAGCAAAGGAAGGAAAAUGUGACUUUGACGUAGCAGUGGCCCUGGUGGGAACCCAGAGUUUUACCAACAAGGAACUGAACCAUGCCACCAAUGGCUUCAGCGAGGAAUACAAGAUUGGGGAGGGGGCAUUCGGGGAGGUGUUCAAGGGAUUCCUUAAAAGAUCCUCCUGUGCAAUCAAGAGACUGUUUCCUAAACAGGAUGAAAGUUUAAAUUAUCAGGAGCAUUUGACGUCAGAACUGAAAUCACUCAUAAAAUACAGACAUGAGAACAUUGUACCUCUGUAUGGUUACACGUUGGAGGAGGGGGAGACCUGUCUGGUGUACCAGUUCAUGCAGAGUGGCUCUCUGGAUGACCGACUCAAGUGUAAGAAUAACACCCCGUCAUUGACGUGGACGCAGAGGAUAGACAUAAUGAAGGGGGCUGCCUGUGGAUUACAGUACCUCCAUACAUUGGACCAGAAACCUCUCAUACAUGGAGAUAUUAAAUGUUCAAACAUUCUGUUGGACAAACACAUGGAAGCCAAAAUAGGAGACCUGGGAUUGGCUAAGCAUGCAACAGGUGGAAGUGGCCAAUCAGGAAAGCUGACACAUAUCACCAAGAAACAGACAGGCACAAAACAGUACCAGACCAAGGCCUACCUCCCACCUGAGGUCAUAAGAGGGAACGCCAUGUCAAUCAAAGGGGACACAUUCUCUUUUGGUGUGGUUAUGUUGGAGGUGUUCACAGGAGAGGGAGCUUAUGAUGAAAAGAGGGAAGGCGGUCAGUUUCUGAAGGACUACAUUAAAGACUUCAGUGAUUCUGAGGAGAAAUGUAUGGAGCUGAGAGACAAGAAGGCGGGGUUUGUCGCAGAUGAUGUAGCUAAACAUUUCUUCCGUACCGCCAUGAGGUGUACAUCUCAACUGAAGAGGGAGAGGCCUGAUAUGGUUCAGGUCCAUACAGAAUUGAGUGAAAUGGAGGCAGCCCUUAGUCAAAAAUACACCACAAAAUGCCAAGAAAAUGCAGAGAUGUACAAUGGAUGCCCUCCAUUUGGACCUGUUUCAGACCAGGGGGACACCAGAAUGGAUGAAUUCUCCUACACAAGCAAUGGAUACCACCAGCCUGGUCUAAUGGCUGUCCCACAACAACCUGCCUCAAUGAUCUCUCAGCAAGGCUUCCCACAAGGCAUGCCUCAGCAGGUGUAUAUGACAGGGGUGCCUCCACAAGGCAUUAUUUACCAGCAGGCCUUUGUAGGAGGCAUGGCAGGCCAGCCAAUGACAGAGGCCAUGAGGUUACAGAUGGGCUACGAUUCAGGAUUAAAAUCAGAUGAGAUACCUGGGUAUUUAAAUACACAUCCUACCUAUGAAUCUGACCCACAGAAACUGCAGGACUUAGAAUCUGAGUAUCCAUCAGAUCCCCAGAAACUUCAGAAGUUAGAAGAGGAGGAGAUACAGCAGCCGGAUUCACUUACCUCACACGAGAUGCCAACUCUGGGUCAGGGUGAUAUUUAUCAAUCAGACAUGCAUAAACUAGAGGAAAUACAAGCCUUUGAGGAGAGUUUACACAUUCCGCCCGAGGCACAACCUGCACAAACAGUGCAGCAGGAAUGUGUGAGUGCAGAGCCAUCUAGUGGUGUUGAUCCCACAGAAGUGGAGAUAACUGUUUCUGGUAUGCAGGAAAUGACACUCACUGAUACCCCUGCACAGGAAUACACUGAAUCUGCCACUGUCGUACAAAAUCCAUCUGAAUCUGAAAUCACUCCUGAAAAUGCUGAGGGGAUUAAUGAUCUUCCAGGGGGAAAUCAGGAAAGAUUGGCCCAGGAAAUAGCAGCUGUUGGCAAGAAGUCUUUUGGUGCAAUGUCACUCUUUGAGAAAUACAAGGAGGCUCUAGAAAUGGAGGGAGAAGAGGAUGAAGAAUAUGACACUGGAGAAUCGGUAGAGUACGAGGAUGAAUUGGUGAAUGGAGUUGAGGAGGAAGGAGAAGAUGGUUACUAUGGACAAGGCGGUUGCUAUGGACAACAAGAUGGUUACUAUGGACAAGAUAGUUGCUAUGGGCAACAAGAUGAGGAAGAGGAGGAUGAUGAUACCCUUGUGGAGGAGGUGGAUGGAGGAGAAAGUGAUUUGGUGACCCCUGAAGUUUUACCCCCUGUGCCAGAUGUUCCCCAUCAUCAGACCCCCAGCAUUGUCCAUUACGCUCCCUCCAGCCCAACAGAAACCACAGAGGAAGACUGUGGAGAAAACGACUCCAGGCUCUUUGCAGACGACAGUGGUAGUCUAGACUCUGACAUUCUCACACAAGGUUAUAACACACAUUCUACGUCUCAUUUGGUGUCUGACGAUUUUGUGUCAGAUUCACAGCUUUUCAAUGAGCAAGAAACAUCCAACUCAAGGUUAUUCGGUGAGAAACGUGAUUCUAACUCGUGCAUAUUCGGCCAGAAAAGUAACUGUGUGAUUUCAGGAGGUGCCUCUACAACAGACGUCAAAGACAGUAAAAACAGCUCACCAAUCUCAUCAGCUGGAACAGAAAGGGACAUCAAACUACAGCAAGUCUCUCCCCCUCCCCACUGGCAGAAACAGAGGCUGGAACCCAGUGAGGGGGAAUGUUUUGUGUAGCUGUAAGUGUAAUGGUCAUUUUAUAUGAUUAUUGAAUAAGCUGUCAUAAACUGCUAGCAAUCGUGAUCUGAAUUGAUUCGAUCUACAUGCAUUGAACGUGUAAUUAUCAUUCCUGCAAAGUUUACCAUUCUCUUUAAAAUUAGGUUGUAUUUUUUUUCCAAUUUUUUUCAACAUAAAUUGUAAUAUGAAAAUGUUUUAAUUAUGUUGCUAUUUAAGAAAUAUACUAGUGUUCAGAAUAUAUAUAUCUUGUAAAAAUUGAACUGCUAAGAAACAAACCUGUAUGAAGAUUAUCUAGAUAUUUAUGAUAGAUUAUGUUGAAAUUAUUCAAGUGGCCUUAUGUCCUUUCAAAAUUUUAACCCCCUUCCUCCAUCUUCACUCUUUCAUUUAACAUAUUGCCAACAAUCAUUUAUAUUAAUUUGUUAUUUUAUGUGUAUUGUAUUGUAUUGUAUAAUAUCUAAUCGUUUAUGUGCCAUUUGCAUUAUGUACUUUAGAUUUGACACUCUUUUAUCAUCUUUUUUUGGUCAAAUCUUAUAUUAAUUGUUAUACAAUUAGUCUGUUUAAAGCAUAUUUGAGAAAUUCAUGUUGUUUAAUUUCAAAUUGCCAAACGCAAGUAAAUUGUAUCUUUUUAUCCAUGUACUUUCAGCAUUGUUCAAAUGAGUACAUUUUGUACCAUGAAGGUAUUUUAUAUUUAAUGGCUCAAAUUUUAGGGGGAAAUAUUUAACGGGUAUUUAAAGCUUGAUUUACAUUUACUUUGAAAAA